UGCCAGACCUCGGGCUCUUCUCCGUUUUUCCAGAAACACUACUUCCCCAUCGACUACACGAUCCAGGUGCGAUACGAAGAGGUCCUGAGGCCGUCCAACAUCACCCGCCUGCGCAACGGGACGGUGUCGGAGGUGGCACUGCGGUACCUCUGGUUCCAUGUCAGCUCCCAGGCCGUGCUGCGCAUCCACGGGGUGCUGCUGGAGAAGCACCCGUCGUGGGAGUACACCCAGGAGCUGUGCCAGCUCUUCGAUGCCCUGGGCAAGGAGUACAGCAAGUACCAGCAG